UCACUGAUUGUGCAAGCUCCAAUGACUACACACACAUAUAUUAGAAAGAAAAUACAACUUAACUAGUUUAGAACAGAAAUAUAACAGGAUAUAGAAAAAAAAUGUCUAAACAACCAAAAGAUUUUGUCACAGGAUAUUCUACAAAAAUUGACAAGGAUCUGGAAUGUUCAAGUGACAUGAGUGUAUCCAUGACAGAGGCUGAUUCAAGUGUUGAAAAAGAUUUGGAAUAUGCCAGCGAUUAUAGUAAUUCUAUAAAGGAACCUUUAUCUAGUAUAAAAACAGACCUGGAAUGCUCUAGUGACUUUAGUGUAUCUGGAAAGGAAUCUUUUUCAAGAGGUAAAACAGACUUAGAAUGUGCAAGUGAUUUUAGCACAUCAAUUAAGGAAACUCAUUCCAGUCUUAAUAGAGAUACUGAAUGUGGUAGUGAUAUAAAUGAGUCUGUUAUAUUUGGUAUAAAUCCUUUUGUUGACCAAUCUUUAUCAUCAGGCUCUGAUGUGGUCAGCAGUAUUAUGUGUGAUGUUUGUCCAUUAGAUAAGAAACAAGCAAAAGCACACAAAUUUUGUGUGGACUGUCAGCAAUAUCUGUGCUCAAAAUGUUGUGAUUUUCACAGAAAACUGAAAGUGCUUCAAGGCCAUGUUCUACAGGAUAGCAAGUUGGGUUAUAAGGCAAAUCGCAGAGUUUUACCAGAAGAAGAUGCUAUUUCGAAAGGUAAGAAGGAUAUCAAAGAUGUUUGCAAUGAGAAAUGCUUAAAGCAUAAAAACAGGAUUGUAGAGUACUUCUGUAAGUCAUGUGACCAGAUUGGCUGUUCAAUAUGUAUGACAACCCAGCACAACAAAUGUUCCAGUUUACAUCAUAUACCCGACAUUGUAACUGGACUUAAAGAUACUGAAGACUAUAAGGAAGUUAAUGACAGACUAAGAGAGUUUACUUGGCAGUUAGAACAAAACAAAGCUAAAUAUGAAACUAAUGUUCUAAAGAAAGCAUAUUAUAGCAAUAGAGCUAAGUCGGAAAUAAAAAGACAUAGAAAUGAGAUGACUGCCAUGCUUGAUGCAUUUGAAAUGCAAAUCGAUACAGAAUUAGAUUCAAUGGACCUUACCAAUUCUGAAUUGCUGAAAAGUGUUGUACUCAGACAAGAUUUGUUAUAUAGUGACCUUCAGUCAGUGAUCUCUGACCUCGAUUCAAAAGAGAAAGCUGAACAAAUGUGUGAUUUAUUCAUUGCAAUGAUGAAGGCAAAAAGUAAAUUUGAAACUUUACAAGAAAAUAUGAUAAAGUUAGAUGUAAACAAUCAUGUAGUUAACUAUAAAUUUGAAGCCUCUGAGGAUAUAAAUGAGAUAAAGGAGAAAAUGAAACAGUUAGGAAAACUACAGCUUGUUGAUUCAUCUAUAAAGAAAACUGAGGUCCUUAGAGAAGAGAUAGGAGUAAAAGCUGAUUCUGAUAAAGUUGCAGGAACAAUUUCUGGACUUUGUUUUCUACCUGAAGAUAAGAUACUUCUGACUGAUAUAAGAAAUGAAGUUGUAAAAAUUAUAGAAACAAACAAAAGUUCAAUCCAAACAACUUUUGCUAUGCCAUCAAAACCAUGGGAUGUUUCAAAGAUCGAGAAUGAUAAGGUUGCUGUAACACUCCCUAAUGACAAUAAAAUCAUGUUCUUGAUAAUUGAUCAGUGUGGGUCAAUCAAUAAGGAGAAAGAGAUAUCAGUAAAUGGUUCAUGCAGGGGUAUAGCUUACAGCAAUGGACAAAUCUUUGUCUCAUUCGACAAGCCAGAAAGUAUGAUACAAAUCCUAGACAAGACUGGGCAGGUCAUGAAAUGUUUCAAAACUGAUCAAUUUGGGAACACACUAUUUAGAAAGCCCUGGUACCUAACACUCAGUCCAGAUGGGUUCACAAUUUAUGCUUCAGAUAAUGGAUAUCACACAGUAACCAGUCUGACCUUGGAAGGUAAAGUGAAGGCCAUCUACAAAGACAAAGACCUGAGAAAGCCUGUAGGAAUUACAGCAGAUGAAGAUGGGUCAGUGUAUGUUUUAGGGUCAAGCAUGUAUUCCAGUCAUAUAUAUCAGCUCUCUGAAAAUUUGAGCCAGAUACAUGUAAAUACCAGUGUAGGUGAAGGAAUUACUAACCCAAGGAGUGCAGUGUUUGACAGCAGAACACAAAAAUUGUAUGUUGGUAUGGAAUUUUCAGAAAAAAUGCAAGUCAUUUCAAUGAAGAAAGACAAUUAAAACAUGAAAUAAUAACAUUAUGAACUGUGAGUACAAACAUGCAAAAGAAAUAUUUAGCUCUUGUUUUGCUACUGACUUACCAUGUGUUAUUAAGUAAAACAAUCUAUAACUAUGUUUAAAUUACAUUUAACCAAUACACAUUCAUUAUAAAUGUAUAAACUCUUUUAUGAUUGGAAUUAUAUCAUGUUUCAUGUUUAGGUAUCAGACCAGACACACAACAUUUAGCCAUUCAAUACAAUGGUAUAUAAUAUACUAUAUAUAUAUCAAAGAAAUUCUAUUUAAUGUACUGUAUCAUGAUUGUAAAUAAACAUUUCAAUACAUGUCUAAAUGUUGAUUCACUUUAAACCACAUCAUGUGAUAUAUUGUAUAUCAUAUACAUAAUGUUUGAUGAUCGUCUUUGUUUUAAUAACUCAUAAUAACCUAUAUCUUAGUAGUUUGUUUAUUUGUACAUCUUUAGUUAAAUAAAUAAAGCAAAAGUAUGACAUUUUAUUUGGUAUAGCUUUAUUGAAAAAAUUUGAGAAUGACUGGAUAAUAUUAUUUCUAUCAAAAUUGCAUUAACACAGAGGAACACAUAACACUGUUCAAACAAGAGCUGUCAGUAGGACAGCAUGCUUGACUAUUCUCAGUGCAUGAUAGUAAAACAAGAGUCUGAAUUAUGUAGGAACAAAGGGGAACAUUUUGUUCCAAUUUAUGACAUCUUGGAUAUUGACAAAAGAAUAUGUUUUUUCAAAAAAGCCAUAUUUUAUUCAAAGAAUUCAAAAGUGUGUCUAUAAACUUCUAUCUUCCUACAUAGCCAAACCAAACAACAAAUUCACUAUAAACUAAUUAUUUUUCUGAAAAUAUGUAUGAAGUUUCAAGUGUAUACCUCAGAUUUUUUAUUAAAUAUUACUGUUGUGCACAUACUAAAACUUAACUAAAGAAAUCAAGUUUAUAAAAGGCCAUAAUUCGGUCAAAAUCCAUGCCAGUGUUGUAAUGUUGGAUUCCAACUACAACAGGUUAUAUAAUCAUUAAAUAAUAUUGUAUAAUAUUACUCAAGAAGUAUAACAUGUACCGUAAAAUUCCUAAUAAACGCCCCUCCCCUAAUAAAAGCCCCCCCCCCCAGGCUUUUUGAUAUGGAAAAAAAUCUGCUCAUCAGUGGUGAACUCUAAUAAAUCUGUAAUUUUAUUCAAAUCUUUCAGAAUCCAUUUAUUUCAUAGUGAA